GAAUAUGAAGAUUUUUAAUUCCGAUAUUAGUUUCCGAUAAUAACAACCUUUGAUAAUAAUUUAUUAAAUUAUCACUCUCCUAACUGACACUGAAACUCUGCUAUUAGUUGCGGUACGUUAGACCUUUUGCGUUACGUCAAGGAUGUCAAGUGAGAAAUACGAGGUGGACUUGGUAGACUUUUCGAACUCUGACGUUAAACCUUCGAAUUCAUCAAGUAAUUUCACUCAAAAACCUACCACUGCCGUGGAAAACGGCUGUAGGCCAGAUAACCAUGAAAGCGAAUCGACAAACCUAGAACCACCCAUCAGUGAACAAUUAUUAUUAAAUUUAAACGUCUGUCAGGCUCGGCUUGUUAAAAAUCAUGGUUUCUUCCCAAUGAGACUUUACUGUCGGGUUCUCAUCGGGGAUGCCAUAUUCGAGACUCACACUGAAUCGGGAGCUGGCAAACAUCCUAUCUGGAAUAAAACUUUCCAAUGUUGGUUACAUGAUGGUGUCGACAGAUUAAAAGUAGAAGUGGUUUCAGAAAAUAUCAUAUUCUCCAAUUCACAAGUAGCACAUGCUGUGAUAAUUUUCCCUCGAUGUUUACUUAAUGGUAUUGCUGUAGAUCAAUGGUUUGACCUUAGCGGAAAUCAAGGAGAAAGUUCGGCAGGUUCUAUUAAUCUGAUUUUCCAAUGUCAAGUAUUUCUUCAGAAAACCUUGUGGAUAACCGAUCUCAAUCAACAUAUUAUGAAUGAGCUCCAGCUCUUUGUUUAUGGUUCCAUUUGAGCUUAUAUUUCUAGCUCUCUUCUUUCAAGACAUCUAACUAGGUUUCUGAUGUAAUGAAUGGGUGCAAAGCUCACGAAAUGUGUACUGGCCUGACGAAGAACUCUUUUGAUACACAUUUCUACUGAUAAAACAAUUAUCUUUUCUGUUUUACAAAACAUCAAGAAAAUACAAUUUAUCAUUGAGUUUCGCCUGACACGUAAAUCUAAUUGCUGAAUGUAUAUUGUUAAAUUGCUCCGGGAGUUCUUUAACAGUGUUCUGAUCCACGACAAUGAAAGUAACGUCAAUGUAUCGACAAUAGAUUGUUAGUUUGUUAACUAUAUUGAUUUCUGGCUAUACUUAUAAACAGAUGAACGACCGAUGUGUUAUGUGACUUAUCUUUCUACUGAUGCAUAAAAUGCAUUUUCUAAGGUCGGUUUGUACGCGUGUGUUUGUGUAUGAAUGUAGUAUAUCUAUUGAAUACUUAUUAAUAAUCUUUCUUUCUAACAAAUGUAUUGAUUCAUCUAAAUUACUGUUCUGAUCUUAAGAUUUUUUAUUGACAGUUGUCAAACAACACAAAAAUAUCAUUUACUUUAAUUGAUUUGCACAAUAUGCUGUAAUGGAGUUGGGAUUCAUUAGUCCCAAUAUCAUGAAAUUCAUGAUUACUGUGUAGAUGAUUGUCAUUUUACAUUGUAAUUUUCCCGGUUUUUAAGUUAUAAAAAUUCAGUAGUUUAAAAUUUCAAAUGAUGUAGCUUAAAAUUGGUUGCAAUAUGCGGAAACAUUCUUUUGCCUCCAUUCAAACCUUCAGCAUUUUAGUCAUAUUCUGCCGUAACGUCGUAUAAGCAAACUGUUUAAAUGCGUUUGAUCCGAUUAGAAGUCUUGCAUAUGCUAAAAAUGUCUGCUUUAGGGAAAUGGAUAUAUUGUGUAUUACUGAGUCGCAUAACUUCUUGAAAACCAGUCUCAACAAUCUGGUUAAUCAUUUCGAAGUUGCUUAAUGCCCAAUAAUCAUUUCUCUUGUUUAAGUUUGAUUUUAUAAGCGGUACACUCGUAUGCUUAUCUGUAGGCUACCGAUAAAGAAAUAUGAUCAAGUCAUUAACCAAGACAUUAUUUUAAGAACUCCAUGUAUCAGCUGAUUAAUUUAGCCCGACAUAUAAACAAUGGAAGAACUCAAACCUUACUAACUAAUAGUUUAUGGACUUUUUUACGCUAACAUUAUUGUAUUAUCAAUUUUCAUAUAAGUAGAGCUUGUUAUAUUCUUCUGACUUUAUUAUAACCGUGACUUCAUUUGAUUUCGUCUUCCCUAAUUUUUAGAGGGUACCAGUAAACCUCCCAGUUCUAAAUUCCAGUCCAUUAUGUAAGUCCAGUUUGUCUGUCUGCUUUUCUUAUUCUCAUAAUAUGAAAGAGUAGUUCAGUGGUUUAUAAAAUUUCACUUACAAUCAUUUGCUCAAAACCCAUUACUCUUCCUACGAUUCGGACAAUUGUGUACAAUCAUUAGGCUGUUUUGCAGAAUAAAUGUGGUUCUAAUUUAUCAUUAUGCUUGUGGAACCCUUUAGAGUUGAGGAUGUUCAGUAGUUCUCUGUGUUCAGUCAUCAUUGCCUCCAAAGCAUUGUUCACAUCCAUAUUAUCAAGGCUAAUGUUUGAUAGCGUUUGUUCGUACACACAAUCCAAUUCGUGUCACCAUACUAAGACACCGAUUUUUGUGCUUCGGUUACGUUUUACAAAUAUCUGUGUCUUUUGGUUCCUUUGUUUAGAAUUUAACAACCCAUUUAUAUUCCUUUUAUUAUUCUCUCUUAUUACAACCCACUUAUUCCGAAUGCUAGUAUUCUCGGACACCAGUUCACUCGAGACGUCCUCCCAAAUCAAAACACGCUUGAACAGGAAGGAGAUUAUAUUCCAAUAACAAGGUUAGAUGGGAACAAGAAGCUCAAAAGGAAAAAAACGGUAGUAUAUUUAUAGUUUGUACAUGAGAAGAUUCUUGAAUGUUCCGCUAGUAUCAACUAGCCAAUCAACGUGAAACAACGCAGUCUUGUGUGGAACAUGCUUUAAUCCAAUCUAUGUCCCGCUAAUAAUUCCUUUCUUUACAAAAUUAUCACUCAAUUUGUGCAGUGUGUAUUUUUCUUGCCUAACGGAACCUAAACUCUCGUUAUUAAAAAGUCGCUAUAUAAAGUAAUUAGUAAAAAACUAGA